AAGAUUGCUCCAGUUGCUGUUGCUAAGCAUUCUGUUUCUCUUGCAGAGAAGAGUUCAUCAUUUGGACAUGUUUCUACACCAUCACUUCCAGAGAAGAAGGAACAACCAGUUGCUCCAAAGGUUGCUGCAUCUAUCUUCAGGAAACAAGUUACUUCACCAGCUGUUGCUGCUGUUGCUGCACCAGCUACUAAGAUGCACCGUAAAUUCGGAAGUUUGGUACACGGCCCACGCCGCCAACCUCCGAAACUCGUUGCUGAAUUCAAGAAACCAGCUCCAGUUUUAGUUCAGAAGCCAGCUCCAACACCAGUUCCAACACCAGAAACAGUUGUUGAAGUUCAGGAAGUCAUCCAGGAAGAGUACGAUGAGAAGCAACUCACUGCAGAGUUGAAUGAAGUCAACAAGACAUGCCAGACAUACUUACUUGAUUUGAUGACAGCAGGCGACAUCUUAGAUCACUCCAUCGGUGCCGAUAUCGCUAAGCAGGCAACAACAUUCUUGUCAACAAUCGAACAGAAGAACGAAGAGUCUAAUGAUAAGAACAUUGCCGUCAAGAAGGCCAUCGCUAACCAGAUGUCAUACAUCCAUGAAAAGGGUCAGCACGUCAACUAUGAUGCUCCAGAAGUCACAUCAGUCCAACAACUCCUUGAUCUUCUCAAGAAGGCAAAAAAGUAA